AUGCCGGCCUUGGUAGCGGGCAAAGAACCCAGCGACUUUAACGACUCCACAGGCCAAUGUCGAAACUCUGGCGGCCUCCAUUGGCAGUUGACGAAUACUAUGCGAAUACUGCGAACUAGUUGCGAUCUUGCUGUUCUCGAGGAUGACGUUGCUCCAAGUCGAUGGAAGCCGGAGAUGUGA